CUUUCGGCUUUAAUCUAAAGCAAAGAUUCCUGCAUAUGACGUGUUCUUUUCGAUAUUAUUCAUUACAUUUCUUCAUACCAAUUUCACAACUGCUCUUUAGGCAACAAAUUUUAUAGUAUGAGUGACAACAGUGAGUCAAUCGCGCAAUUCAUCAGCAUGACUAAUGCUAACGAACAACAAGCAAAGUUCUACCUUGAAAUGAGUAAUGGAGAUUUGGAACUCGCUGUAACGCAGUUCUUCGAUAAUUCAGGCUCUACAGAAGCGAUCACUGACCAUACUACAGCAGCAGUCCCCACUGAUCAACGAUCUGCCUCGCAACAAGCUUUCGGAGGAGCCAGUGGCAGUAAUUCCAAUAUCUCCAGGUCAACUACACCAACCAAUACUGGAAAACCAACCUCCUCAUCUUCCUCAAAAAUCCGCUCAUUUAGUGACCUUAUAUCUUCGAAUGAUGGUGGCGAUUCAGAUGACGAUGAUCAUGAAAACCUCUAUGCGGGUGGAGAAAAAUCCGGUAUGGUUGUACAAGGGCCUAAUAGACGUGGUGGAAGUGAUAAUGGGGAUAACCUCGUAGAUGAAAUUCUUAGAAAGGCAGCUCAAGGAGGUCCUGUACCUGCUGAAGAAUUCGAAAAGUCAACGAAAAAACCCAAAUAUUACACAGGCACUGGAUAUAGAUUAGGCAGUGAGGAAGAGCCUUCCUCUGUAGUUCAGCCUGCUGAAACCUCUGCCGGUUCGCUUGACGAAGAACCUGAGCCAGUCACCCGUUACUUGACAUUUUGGCGAAACGGUUUCAGUGUAGAUGACGGACCUUUGUUUGAAUAUAAUGAUCCUGCUAACCAAGAAAUGCUAACUGCUAUCAAUAGUGGACGUGCACCACUUUCGUUAUUGAACGUGCGUCAUGGUCAACCUGUUGAAGUUCGUGUGGUGAAGCGUCAAGGGGAAGACUAUGUUCCUCCACCUAAAGUUCGUAAAGCAUUUGAAGGAGCAGGUAACCGUCUUGGUAGCCCAGCACCUACCUUUAGUACACCUUCACCAGCGCCUGGUGCUUAUCCAGCAGCUGCUUCCAACAGCAACAGUUCAGCGAACACCAACGCACCAACCAUAGAUGAAAGUCAGCCUAUCACAAACAUUCAAAUUCGUCUCGCAGAUGGCUCAAGAUUGAUAGCCAAGUUAAAUCAUACACACACAAUAGCUGACAUUCGUAAAUUUAUUGAAUCAUCCCGACCAACUGCUGGUGGUCAAUAUAUACUACAAACAACCUUCCCUGUUAAAGAACUCAAAGAUGCAAAUCAAAGUGUGAAGGAUGCUGGCUUACUGAAUAGUGUCGUUAUUCAACGCUACCAAUAACAUACAGGGUCUAAAGCUAUGAAAGGUUUAAAACUUGUAAUAUCGUUUUGUAGUAGUAAACUUUAAAAAGUAGCAAAUGCUGUCAUCCAGCUAUUCAUAUGAAAACAUCGCGAAC